GCUCCGUCACUCAGGAUAUCGAGGAAGUUGCGUUUGCAGCCAAGAUGAAGCACUACGAGGUGGAGAUCCUGGAUGCUAAGACCAAGGACAAGCUGUGUUUCCUGGACAAGGUCGAACCAAAUGCCACGAUCGGAGAAAUCAAGUCUAUGUUCCACAAGAGUCAUCCUCAGUGGUACCCAGCCAGACAGUCAAUUCGCCUUGACCCCAAGGGGAAAUCUCUGAAGGACGAAGAUGUUCUGCAGCAUCUCCCUGUAGGAACCACAGCUACCUUCUACUUCAGAGACCUGGGCGCUCAGAUCAGCUGGGUCACAGUUUUUCUUACAGAAUAUACCGGGCCCCUGGUCAUCUACCUGCUGUUCUACUUCAGGGUUCCCUUCAUCUACUCGCCCAAGUACGACUUCACCACCAGUAAACACUGGGUUGUGCAUCUCGCCUGCAUGUGUCACUCCUUCCACUAUGUCAAGAGACUCCUGGAGACGCUGUUYGUCCAUCGCUUCUCUCACGGAACAAUGCCGCUACGUAACAUCUUUAAGAACUGUACUUACUACUGGGGCUUUGCAGCGUGGAUGGCCUAUUACAUCAACCAUCCGUUGUACACACCACCCAUCUACGGGGAGCAGCAGAUCCGACUGGCACUCAUUGUAUUCUUGUUCUGUCAGAUUGGCAACUUUUCCAUCCACAUCGCUCUCCGGAACCUCCGUCCGCCUGGCUCUAAGGCCAGGAAGAUUCCUUAUCCAACCAAGAACCCCUUCACCUGGAUCUUCCUUCUUGUCUCCUGCCCCAACUACACCUAUGAGCUGGGCUCGUGGCUUGGCUUCACUCUGAUGACCCAGUGUCUGCCGGUGGCCUUCUUCACCCUGGUGGGCUUCAUCCAGAUGACUGUUUGGGCCAAAGGGAAGCACCGCAGCUACCUGAAGGAGUUCCGCGACUACCCCCCUCUCCGCUCACCYAUCCUGCCGUUCGUUCUGUAAAAGACGGGUUGGCCCUUAAACCAACCCAAACUAACUGCGAGGAGGUUUCUUCAGCUUCUCUAAAACUGGCACUGGAAUCUUAUUAGACUAGAAUUUUAGCCUGUUUGCCUUUCGCCUUCCUUCCCGCUUUGCUUUGUGUUUGAGUGAUAAUGUAAAAACACUAGAUCAGCUCUAGUUUUUCUUUUUUUUAAUUGCAGAUGAAUCUGUUCUGACUGGUUAAAUUAUUUCUUUUCGUGGGUCUUCAACCUGAAACUGAAUUYUGUGCUCCUCUUUCAUCACUUUGUACUGUUUUCAGUAUUGAGCCUGGUAUGAAGUAAAUUCCAACUCUAGGUAAAUGCUCGUGAAUCUAAAGUCUGAACCUAACACAACUGAACUUUGUUAUUGUCUGAGGUAAUUUAUUAAACAAAAAUAAACCAAGCAUUUUUYCCCUUGCCUUUAAA